UGUGGUUAUAGACAAUCAAGUUUUACAGUCACAGUGCUCAUUUUGCCCUGGUUACUGAAUUGUAUGUGUACCGGUGUUGCUGCUUUGGAUUCCAGCGUUUCUGGGAAGAUUGGUUUGCGAGCAGUCUUAUAUUAUUUCUCCACUACAGUCAUUGCUGUAAUACUAGGGAUUGUCUUAGUUGUGACCAUUAAACCCGGUGUGCCUCAAACAGCAAAUGAGAUCGACAGAGUGGGCAGUGCCGUGGAAGUCACUACUGUUGAUGCCAUGCUGGAUCUGAUCAGGAAUAUGUUCCCAGAAAACCUUGUCCAGGCCUGUUUUCAACAGUAUAAAACCAAACGUGAAAAAGUUGAAGAUACAACUGAUGUGGAUAAUAAUAGCUCCGCAUUUACAGAAGGACCUGUUACAACUGCUACAACUACAGAGGCUUCAGAGAACAAAACUCAAGAAUACACAAUCGUGGGCUCGUAUUCCGAUGGCAUCAAUGUGCUGGGGUUGAUCGUCUUUUGUUUUGUUUUUGGAAUGGUUAUUGGGAAAAUGGGAGAGAAAGGACAAGUGCUGUUGGAUUUUUUCAAUGCACUGAAUGAAGCUACAAUGAGAAUAGUUCAGAUAAUUAUGUGGUAUAUGCCAAUUGGUAUUGUGUUUUUAAUUGCUGGGAAGAUAAUAGAAGUUGAGGACUGGGAAAUCUUUCGUAAACUGGGUCUUUAUAUGGCUACAGUACUAAGUGGACUUGCAAUCCAUUCCAUUAUAAUUCUGCCACUGAUCUACUUAAUAAUAGUGAGGAAGAAUCCUUUUCGAUUUGCCAUGGGGAUGGCUCAGGCACUUCUGACAGCCCUCAUGAUUUCUUCCAGUUCAGCAACUUUGCCUGUCACCUUCCGCUGUGCUGAAGAAAAAAACUGCAUCGACAAAAGAAUUACCAGGUUCGUUCUUCCAGUUGGAGCUACCAUCAACAUGGACGGCACAGCUCUCUACGAAGCAGUAGCAGCUGUGUUCAUUGCACAACUGAAUGACUUAGAACUGGAUAUUGGCCAGAUAGUUACCAUUAGUGUCACAGCUACAGCAGCCAGCAUUGGGGCUGCAGGCAUCCCCCAAGCCGGACUCGUCACCAUGGUGAUUGUACUGAGCGCUGUCGGCCUGCCUGCUGAAGAUGUUACCCUGAUCAUUGCAGUUGACUGGCUUCUGGAUCGAUUCAGAACAAUGGUGAAUGUCUUGGGAGAUGCCUUUGGUACAGGAAUAGUGGAGAAGCUCUCUAAAGAGGAGCUGAAGCAGAUGGAUGUCACCUCUGAAGUCAACAUAGUCAAUCCUUUUGCCUUGGAAACAAUACUUGAUAAUGAUGAAACAGAGACCAAGAAAUCGUACGUCAACGGAGGCUUUGCUGUAGAUAAGUCUGAUACCAUAUCUUUCACACAGACAUCUCAGUUCUAAGGCUGAUAGCUUUCAGGUGAAAAAGGAGUGCUAAAGGAGAUGGCCAUAUGCAAUAUCUCAAAAAGGUUAAAGAAUAAUUGAGAAUGAAUUACAUCUCACAUGCAUUUGAUUUACU